CCCAACAACUUCGUAAACCCAGAACGCAGAGAGACGAAGUAAUAGGGAGAGAAGGGGCCGAGAAGAGACAAGGGGGAGAGCGACGACGGUGGAUUGCAGCCCGUCGAAAGAAAUCGAGCUACACCCGAAAUCUCCAUUUCCGAGCACCAGGUUGAUAAUCAAGACGACAAGAUGCCGCGACCUGAAGAUAUAGCCUGGAAAUUCGUGAUUAGACCGAAGGAGGGCAAGAAAUGGCGUUGUCCUUACUGCCAUAAAGAAGUCUCUGGAUCAGUCACAAGAGUGAAAGGUCACUUUCUUAAACAACCAAAAGAAGGGAUUGCCUCUUGCACAAAAGUGCCAGAGCACAUACGCACACUGAUGGAAUUGUUACUCAAUCAUGAGCUUCAUAACAAGGAUGAUAUAGCCUGGAAAUUCGUCAAUAGAGUGGAGGACAACAAAUGGCAUUGUUAUUACUGCAGUGGAGAAUUCUUUGGAGACCUUACAGGAGUGAAAGGUCACUUGCUUGGAGUCCCAAAUGGAGGAAUUUCCAUUUGCACACAAGUGCCGGACCAUGUAAGAAAGCUAAUGCGGUCAUUACUUGAUGAGGUGGCUGAAGAAGAGAGCAGAGAAGCCAAUAGUCCAUUGUCCAUGGGGGCUUUGUUCUCGCCAGGCCUCGAAAAUGUAAUGGAACAGUUGAACUUCAACCAACAGGAUGUCAUUGGGUCAAACUCUGACCAACAAUCACAAGAAGAGCGUCAGUUUCAGCAGAGUUCAACAAUGCCGUUAUUGGUGCAAAGUAGCCAUGCCAUGGAACCAGAGUCACGUGACACAGAAGUGCUGGACCACAUAAGAAAGCGUAAUGACCUCGAUGAGAUGGCUGAAGAAGAGAGCAGAGUGGUGGCUGAAGAACAGAGCAGAGAAGCCCACGGUCAAUCCUCCAUGGAACCAAAGUCAGGUGACAUGCCGACUCAAGAUGAGGUGGCUGAAGAAGAGAUCAGAGAUGCCAACAGUCAAUUUUUCACUGAAUUAGACAGGAAUUUAUUCUCAUCAGAAUUCCCCUCAGCAGAGUCCCUCUCAUCAUAUGCCAUCGAACAAAUGGCACUACAGAUAAGGACGGUGAUCAACACUGGAGUAAACUCUGACCAACAAUCACAACCAGAGCAUCAGUUUCAUCAGAUUUCAACAAUGCCGUUAUUGGUGCAAAGUAACCAUGUGCAACCAGUUUUGGUGCCCCCUCAACAUCAAAAUUCUCCACAUCAAUCCGAGACAAGGAAUGUGCUGCAGAAUCCAGCCGCACCAUCAUCAACAGCUCUAAGGGAUACGGAUUUACGUUUCCGAUCAUCAUCACAAGCUUCAAAUGCUGCUCCACAGUGGCUGACCGACGUUUCAAACUUCAACCAACAGGAUAUCAAUGGGCUAAACUCUGGCCAACAAUCACAAGCAGAGCGUCAGUUUCCUCAGGGUUCAACAAUGCCGUCACUGGCACAAAAUAGCCAUGGUGAAAGUUCCACGAUGGCUUUAGCGGAAGCGGAAUUGGAUCUUCAUGAUUUGCCAGAUCAGUCACAAUGUUACAUUCAAUCUCAAAUGCAAAUGAUUGCCCUGCAGACUCCAGCAGGGGCGUCAUCAUUCCAGGAUGAUCAAUUAGCCGUUGUAGAUAAUUUAGAUUGCUUGCAUGAUUGCAAUCAGCACUCUCAGUUGCAAACUUUAAUGGACAUAGAUCCCUCAAUUGCAUCACAGCAUGCAAGUGACUCUCACAUUAUUGAGGCAACAACAGUUGAUUCGCAAGUUCCAGAGGCGGCAACAAAUGCAACAGGUCCAUCGUCAUCACAAGAUAUGAACAGGGGUUCUCCGGUCAUGGACUUACGGAGCAUCUAUGCCAACGAUGAAGAGAUAAGAAACCUGAAAAGAAAAGUGGAAGAACUCGACGACAAAGAAGCUGGCAUAGAGGAGCAGAUGGAGAUAGAGUCUGCUGCUUCCUCAGUUCGGAAGAAGCCGAGGAUACUGGUUGAUAGAUGGCUGAAAGAGACAGAAAGAGCAAGAAAUAAUUUCCAAAUAAUUGUCCAAGCCAAUGCGGAAACUUUGCCACCAAAGGAACAGGUGGAGAAAUUGACGACAGAAGGGGAAGAACUCAUAGGAAAAACGCUUCCACAACCACUGCUCAUAGAAGAGAGAGAUGCCAAAGGAGUCAAACUUUUGGAACGAAAGUUAACAGGUAAAGGGAUUCAUAGGAACAUUGAGUUGAUUUGGGACCAUCUGAAGGAGAAUCAUGCAUGCAAAUUGGGUAUUUAUGGAAUGGGUGGUGUUGGGAAGACAACUAUUAUGAUGCACAUACAUAAUAGACUUCUCGAAGAUGCAACCUUCGAUGGUGUGGUUUUUAUCACUGUGUCUCAAGAUUUCAGCAUUAAGAAGUUGCAGAGUGAUAUUUGGAAGGAUCUAAAAUUAGACAUUAUGGAGGUUGAGGAUGAGAAGAAACGAGCAGCUAUGUUGUCGAAGCAAUUAGAAAGAAAGAAAAAUUGUGUAUUGAUUCUUGAUGAUGUGUGGGAACGUCUUGAUCUUGAAGAGGUGGGAAUCCCUAUUAGAGCAAAUGGAUUUAAGCUGGUCUUAACCACUCGAUCUUAUUAUGUGUGCUGCCAAAUGCAAUGUCAAGAGAAGAUAAAAAUUAAACCUCUUUCUCAAAAAGAAGCCGAGAGUUUAUUUUGGGAGGAGCUUGGAUCUGAAGUUCCACUUAAUUCUGAAAUUGAAGCAACGGUGAAGUCCAUUGUUAAAGAAUGUGCAGGAUUGCCAAUUGGAGUCAUCACGAUGGCAAGAAGCAUGCGAGGAGUGACUGAUGUGUUUGAAUGGAGGGAUUCCCUGGUUAAAUUGGAAGAAUCAAGUAAGGGGCAAACAGAUAUGAAGAAGGUCUUAAUGAAUCUAAAAUUCAGUUAUGAUCGCCUUGGUAAUCCUGAUGUGCAACAAUGCUUCUUGUCUUGUGCACUUUAUCCAGAAGAUAAAUUGAUUGAUAAGUUCGAGCUGGUAGAAUUCUUUAUUGACCAAGGAUUGAUUGGUGGAUUGAAUACGAGGAGGGAACAAUAUGAUAGAGGCCUCACCAUAUUGAACAAACUAGGAAAUGUUUGCCUAUUGGAAGAUCAUCGGAGCAAGAUGAAGAUGCACGAUUUGAUUAGAGACAUGGCAUUGCACAUCAUGAGUGCGACUUCCAUUGUAAAAGCAAGAAAGUGGUUGGGAAGUAUUCCAUCUGAGGAAUUUUGGACGGAUGCUUUGGAGAGAGUUUCUUUGAUGGGAAACAAAAUAAGUGAAAUUCCAUUGAACAUGUCACCAAAUUGUCCUAAACUAUCAACUUUACUACUGAAUGGAAGCUUGUUAAAGCAUGUGGUCAUCCCUGAUUCUUUCUUCAAACAGUUAUGUGGGCUAAAGGUUCUAAACCUGAGUGGAUGUGAACUAACAGAACUUCCAAGUUCCAUCUCAAACUUGGUUAACUUGAGGGCACUAUUGCUUAGAGGGUGUCGGGGAUUGCGCCGUAUUCCUUGUUUAGGGAAGCUCACAUCUUUAAGAAAGUUGGACGUUGUUGGCUGUUCUAAGCUUGAAGAAGUGCCCAAGGGUCUGGAAAUGUUGGUGAACUUGAGAUACCUUGACCUACGUUUUUUAUUGACCGUUGAAUUACCUGAAAGAGUACCGGGGGAUUUGCUAAACUUGCAGUAUCUUAAAGUUGAAUUUCUAGAUGUACAAGACAUGACAAAAUUGAGGGCACUGGAGACAUUCGAAUGCUCUUUUGAAGAUGUGAAUGAUUUCAAUAAGUGUGUGAGGGUUAUUAAACAGAGUAACCUUUGCUACUAUUAUAAUCUCUAUUAUUAUCUCGACAAGGCUGAUGAUGAUGAGGAGGAAGAAAGUGAUAUUACUCGAACUGAGAAUCCGGAGAGGAAAGUCGAAAUUUGGGGGUGGGAUCAUGCUAUUGUGAGUGUGGAAGGGGAAUGCACUGGCAUUUUUAUUUUGAUUCCCCAAGACGUGCAGAAAAUGACAAUGCUUUGGUGCAACGGUAUAACAAAUUUGUCUAGCAUAGGUCCACUUGACUACCUUGAGGAGCUAGAAGUACAAGGUUCAGAAAACUUAGGGGUGCACUAUGGAGGAGAAGACGAAGGAGUAAUUGACAUCCUUGCCCCAGCCCUUGCGCCUCUCCUCUUCCCAAGCCUUAGGGUUUUAAGUAUAUAUGAUUGUCCAAAACUGAAGCAUCUCUUUGGGCAUGUGUUUAAAUCCGACCUUCAGCAUCUACAAGAGAUUAGAAUAGAGAGAUGUGAGGAAAUGGUGGGGAUAAUAGCAGCAAUUACAUCCCCACCACCCCAUCCGCUCCCAUUUUUCCGUAGUCUCAAAGUGAUUACGAUUAGUGGCUGUAACAAGAUGAAGAGAGUGGUGGAAUCUGAGUGGAUGCCCCACUUCCCUAAUCUGAGAAGAAUCUCAGUAGACGCAUGUGAGAAGAUGGAGGAGAUAAUCGGAGGUCCUCCCCCAAACUUGCCAGUUGAAGAGAUUUCUCUCGAAUAUCUUGUGGUAUAUAAUUGCGAUAACAUGAGAAAGCUGUUUCCGCAUGAGUGGCUGCUCCAUCUUCGAAAUCUUCAAAGUAUCAAUAUCACUAAAUGCAAAGGAAUGGUGGAGUUGAUAAGCGGAGCGGGACAACGCCAAGAAGGAAGCAUAAUGACUCCUGUAAACAACACCCCUUCAUCCUUCCAGCCUUCUUCAAUUUCUCUCCCAAAGCUGGAGCGAUUGAACCUAAACGAUCUACCCCAGCUGAAGAGCAUAUGCGAAGUCCCAAUAAGCUGCGAUUUCAUGAUAAUUUUGGAUGUGGACCAAUGCCCAGAACUGAAGCGGAUUCCUUUGCAACUGCGAUUACGUGAUAUUGAGGACUUCCUGCAUAUUAGGGUGGAAGAUGAGGAACAGUGGAAGACGCUGAUGUGGGAUCAUCCCGAUGCUCAGGCUAUUCUUCAACCUUAUCUCCGAAAAAGGACACACAAUUCUCCAAAUGCUAUAGAACUGUUCGUCCAGCGAAAGGAUCUCCUGCGACUCUGCGAAAUAUGAUAUUGCUUGAACUUGUCAAUCGAAAAUGUUGCGCCGCAUACACUACUUCGCUCUUUUGGAUCAGAGCAAUAUGACCCCGAUUAAACUUGUUUCGACAUUAAACUAUCGGGUAUAGAAUACUUGAUCUGCUUAGUAGUUGUAUCAUAUAUGGAAACGUAGGCCGGGAAGUUUUGUUUUCACCCUUUGUCAUACUUUGAGUUAGAAAUGUAAAAAAACGAAGAAGAAAGAAUUGCACAGCUAUCACCCCUCUUUAAAUGCCUCGAAGUUGUGGAUAGAUGGAGAACCCUACAGCUUCAGCUCAAGUUACCAAAAAUCAGAGCAGUAACCACUAGCAAGUCAAUGGAGAAAAGGCCAGCUUAUAGGAUGUGGCACUUUUGAAAGUGUUUACAUUGCAAGCAACCAUGACAGAAAAACCGGAUCUCUAUGUGCAUGGAAGGAGUUUGAGCUAUUGCCUAAUGAUCCAACUUUAGCUGAGUGCAUCAAGCAGUUAAAGCAGGAAAUUCAGGUACUUAGCCAGCGUAGACAUCCAAACAUUCUGCAGUAUUAUGUAAGGGAAAUUGUGAGUCACAUUUCCACAGCAUCUGUGCGUCCCAACUCAAUGGGCGUUCAUUAUUUGACUCACCAAAAUUUCAACAUAUUCAUACAUACUCAGGUUGAGGAUUGGCUUUACAUAUAUCUAGAAUAUGCACAUCACGAUUCAAUAGACAAGUAUAUCCAGGAGCGUCUUGGACCCUAACAAAAUCGGUUGUCAGCACUUUACCCGCUAUAUUGUGGCUGGAUUGGCUUCCCUGCAUGUUAACAACUCCAUACAUGGGUAAUUCUAAACCAUUGAUCAAGCAUCAUGAGAUGACUUGCAUAUUGGAUUAGGAUGAUUGGACCUUCUUCUUUGUGCCCCCAGACCUGUUAAAACUAUUUGGCUUGUGCAUGGAUUUAAAGGGAGCUAAUUUAUUUGUGGAUGCAUCUGGGAUAUUCAAACUUGCUGACUUUGGGAUUGCUAAACAUGUGAGUUUUUACCUCUUCACUGCAAGACUACUCAGUGCAUGUAGAAAUUCCUUGCUGAUUUGUGGUGCAUUCGAAUGUGAAGUCUGGGACCCAGGGUGACUGCAUACUUCUCGUUAUUGGUUUGUGGCAUUUCAUAUGUGCAUAAAUCUAUCAUAGAUGGAUGAAAUGUUAUUAAGUAAUUUUCUUCACUUUUUUUCCCAUUGUUUCGGGUAAAGUUACCAUGUUGCAUAAUUGGGAAAAGAUUUCUUGCUGUAAAUAGAUGCCGAAACCUAAUGAGAGUUCUUUCCCUUUCUACUGGUUUCUAAAAAGUUCCUAAGAGCGGUAGUGAAUAGAACGCAAUACCUUUGGCAAAAGGUUGUGGUGUUGUUUUUGCUGCUCCUCUGCAUUCCAAGAUAAGGAUAGAAUUUAGUCAGAGUAAGUAAGGGCCUCCUUCCUAACAUGGGGUAAAUAAAAGUGUAUUGAUCCAUAGAAUGGAAUUCUGGACAAUAGCCAAGGUGUUGUUGCUCUCUUUGAGUUCUCAAGCAUUUGCUGAGCUAACCGGACAAGCAGCUUGCCGCUCUUUGAAGGGAAGUCUAAACUGGAUGGCUCUAGAGCACGGAUCUCGAUCAUACUGCCGACAUGUGGAGUUUGGGAUGUACUAUUUACCGAAAUGAUUAUUGGGAAACCUCCUUUUUUUUUCAUUCUCUCUGUCCUCCCAGACUCAAGCUAUAUUUAAGGUGAUGCGAAGUUCUCCAGCAAUACCUGAGACAUUAUCUGCUGAGGGAAAGGAUUUCCUACAGUGCGGCUUUCGAAGACAGCCUACGGAGAGGCCUUUUGCUGCUAUGCUACUUGAGCAUGCUUUCCUGCAAAUUUGAAGUUGCAAAUGACUGACUUAUUUCAAGUGUUGUACGUUGUCGCAAAAGGGAUCUUGUCCUGUAAAGUUCCAUAUUAUUUACUAAACCAAAAGGAUCACACGGUCCAUAGAUAUGAUGAAGUACUUGUAUAUUGACAAAAUAAGGCACGUGCUUCUCUUGCAUGGUCUGACUGGCGACACACCGAUCUAGGCAAUUUGACAGUGUUGCUUAAUCUAAACCUUUUACUGCA